CGAGGAUAUACAUUUUCAGUCUCGCAUCGACUCCCGUCACAACCUAGAAGACUUCGCCAUGAAGUCCAACUUCCAAUUCCAAAACCUGUGCGGUACCGUCUACCGACAGGGCAACGUUGCUUUCACGCCAGAUGGAAACUCGGUUUUGAGUCCGGUUGGCAAUAGGGUGUCUGUCUUUGACUUGGUCAACAACAAAUCGAGAACACUUGGUUUUGAGAACAGGAAGAACAUUGCUACGAUCGCGCUUUCGCCAGAUGGCAACGUGCUCAUCUCUGUCGAUGAAGAUGGUCGAGCUCUUUUCAUCAACUUCAGAAAAGGAACCGUCCUCCACCACAUCAACUUCAAGCGCCACGUCAACCACGUCUCCUUCUCUCCCGACGGAAAAUACAUCGCCAUCACCCACGGCCACAAGGUGCAGAUCUGGAACACCCCCAGCCACCUCGUCCGAGAGUUUGCGCCCUUCACCCUGCAUAGAGAGUACACUGGACACCACGAUGAUGUGGUCAGCGUGUGUUGGUCCAAGACAUCUCGCUACUUUGUCUCGACGUCGAGAGAUAUGACUGCGAGAUUGUAUACUGUCCACCCCCUGGAGGGCUUCACGCCAAAACAGUUUGCGGGACAUAGGGAUAUGGUCAUCGGUGCUUACUUUUCUUUGGACGAGAAGACUAUCUACACAAUCUCCCGAGAUGGCGCGGUCUUUGUCUGGAAAGCUAAGAAGGGUGUCUCUGACGAAGAUUCCGAUGUCGAGCUCGACAUCCUUGACGCCCCCACCACAUCCACAUCCGCCGCCAACCUCGCCCUCGAGCACACCGUCGCCUACUCUCGCUGGGGUGUCCAUUCCCGACACUUUUUCAACCAGCCGGGCACCAAGACUGUCUGCGCCACAUUCCACCCCAAAACCUCCCUCCUCAUCGUCGGGUUCUCGUCUGGUGUCUUUGGUCUGUGGGAGAUGCCCGACUUUUCGCCAGUCCACACCUUGUCGAUCUCCAACGAAAAGAUCUCGAGUGUCGCUGUAUCGCCUUCCGGCGAAUGGUUGGCCUUCGGGGCAUCCAAGCUUGGCCAGCUGCUUGUCUGGGAAUGGCAAAGUGAAAGCUACGUGCUCAAACAGCAGGGACACUACUACGACAUGAACACCCUCGCAUUCAGCCCAGACGCUCAGAACAUCGCCACUGGUGGUGAAGACGGCAAAGUCAAGCUGUGGAAUGCUACCAGCGGGUACUGCUUCGUCACUUUCCCCGAGCACACUGCAGCUGUCUCUACCGUCGAAUUCUCCAAGCAAGGCCAGGUCCUCUUCUCUGCCUCCCUCGAUGGCACAGUAAGGGCCUACGACCUCGUGCGAUACAGAAAUUUCCGAACCUUCACAUCCCCUUCCCCCGUCCAAUUCUCCGCCCUCGCCGUCGACCCCUCGGGGGACGUCGUCUGCGCAGGCUCGCAAGACUCUUUCGAGAUCUACAUGUGGUCCGUCCAAACCGGUAAACUCCUCGAUAUCCUCACAGGCCAUACCGCCCCCAUAUCCAACCUCGCCUUCUCGCCUUCUGGUAACCAGCUGGCAUCGUCUUCUUGGGACAGGUCGGUGCGGUUGUGGUCCGUGUUUGGCCGUUCGAGGGCGACGGAGCCGAUAGAGUUGUCUGGGGAGGCUACGGCGCUGGCGUUCAGGCCUGAUGGAAAGGAGAUUUGUGUUGCUACGUUGAAUGGAGAGCUGUCGUUCAUUGACAUUGAGGAGGGCGAGAUCAAGUCGGUCAUAGAAGGUCGCCGAGACAUUUCAGGCGGGCGCAAGAUCGACGAUCGCCUGACUGCCGCCAACAACGCUGCGAGCAAAUACUUUAACAGCGUCACCUACACCGCCGACGGUGCUUGUGUCCUCGCUGGAGGAAGCAGCAAGUACGUCGUCAUUUACGACCGUGCUGAGGGCGUCAUGAUCAAGAAAUUCCAGAUCAGCGAAAACUUGAGUUUGGACGGGACGCAAGAGAUGUUGGAUUCGAGAAAGAUGACAGAGGCGGGAGCUAUGGACACGUUUGACAGGCAGGGUGAGGAGGAGGACCUCGAGGAUAGGCUGGAUUCCACUUUGCCCGGUGCUUCCAAGGGUGACCUCUCCAAGAGACGGUAUAGGCGGGAUGCGCGUACCAACUGCGUGCGCUUCUCUGCUACUGGCCGAAGCUGGGCCGCUGCCAGUACCGAGGGUCUUCUCAUCUACUCUCUCGAUGAAUCCACCACUUUCGACCCCUUCGACCUCUCCCUCGACCUCACUCCCGAAUCCACCCUCCAGACCGCUGCCCAAGGCGACUACCUCAUCGCCCUCAUCAUGGCUCUCCGUCUCAACGAAAAGCCCCUCAUCCAGCGUGUGUAUGAGGCUGUGUCGCCAUCAUCUAUUCGACUGUUGGCGAGGCAGCUGCCAGAGGUGUAUGUGGCGCAAUUUACCAAGUUUGUCAGUGACCAUAUUGAGGCUACGCCCCAUGUGGAGUUUGACUUGAUGUGGACGGCGGCGAUGUUGACGAGCCAUGGAAGAUAUCUGAGAGAGAGGAAGGGUGAGAUGGCGGCGACGUUGAGAGGGUUGGUCAAGGGACUGAACGGGCUCGAGGCCAGUGUAUCCAAAAUAUCCGAUGACAACACCUUCUCGCUAGACUACAUUCUCUCGCAGGUUGGCAAGGGCGAGCAGGCGAACGGGUUUGAAGGAGAAGGGAGCGCUUUCAUCUUGGACGUUGAAGCCAAGAACGUCGUCUUCCUUCUCGGUGCCGGCAUCUCCACCUCUGCCGGUAUUCCCGACUUCAGAUCCCCCGAGACAGGCUUGUAUCACAAUCUCCAAGCUCUCAACUUGCCUUUCCCCGAAGCUGUCUUUGAGCUAGGUUUCUUUCAGAAGAGGCCGGAGCCGUUUUGGGCGUUGGCGAAGGAAAUCUAUCCUGGAAGGCAUUUUCCUACUCCAACGCACUACCUCCUCAAGCUCUUCCGCAAACACAACGUCCUCAAACGCGUCUUCACCCAAAACAUCGACACUCUCGAAUCCAUCGCCGGCCUCCCUUCCGACAUGAUUGUCGAAGCCCACGGAUCAUUCGCUACCGCCCAUUGUCUUAGAUGUAGACGCGAAGUGGACCGGGAAGAGGUUUUGAGGGCGGGUGUGAGGAGGGGAGAGGUUGUGAAGUGUGAUGCUACGAUUAAGGAUGCGGGUGGGAAGGGGAAAGGGAAAGGGAAGGGGAAGAGUCAGACGUGCGGUGGGCUGGUGAAGCCUGAUAUCGUCUUCUUUGGAGAAGGUCUGCCUGACAGAUUCUUUGAGCUCAUACCAGAACUACGAAAGUGCGAUCUCCUGGUCGUCAUCGGUACUUCCCUCCAAGUCCAACCCUUCGCCUCCCUCGUCAACUACGUUCCCCCCACCUGUCCUCGACUCCUCAUCAACCGCGAACCCGUGGGCCCAUUCACGUCCUACAAGAGCACAUCCCCAUCUUCCAGAGAUCUGUUUUAUGAGGGGAAUGCAGAUGAUGGGGCUCGGCGGUUGGCGGAGCAGCUGGGGUGGGGGGAGGAAUUGGAAGAGCUGGUGAGGGAUGGGAGAAAGGGGUUGGAGAGGAAGUGGAUGAAGGAAGAAGGGGGUGAAGUGGCGGGGCAGGGUACGAAGGAGGCUGAGAAGAAGUCGAAGAAGGCUGCCAAAGCUGUCGAGGACGAAGGGACGGAAGACUUGGAAGAAGCUAUCAAGACCCAGCUGAAGCUGUAGACGUUGGAGCAGGGCUUCUUGGAUCAUAGAUGGGACUGUUGUAGCUGUAUGACAUAGGAUCUCGGGUAGUGCUUGUACUAGACUAUGUAGUCACCACGGACUGAAGCCAUUCAACG